AACAACGUACGUCCGAGCGCGUCUUUCUUUGGCCUUUGCGCUUGCAACGUCGGUUUCGAUCAACAACGCUUGCUUAAUUUCUCACGGUCAGAUUAGCCAUACGCAGAUUGGCGUAUCCGUCUGCAAGUAGACUUUCAUCCGCGUGGCUGUGAGUGCACUGCAUUGGCCAUUGCACGAUCUUUUUUCUCUCAUUCUUUCUCCCGAGUUCCCCGCAACCCAGAGUUGGCGUCUCUCACCCGCCACCCAAGUUCGCCAUGGCGUCUCAAGCACAGCUGAAGAAGCAACAAGAGCUACAAACAACGUACCAGAAUUACAAAAACACGCUGCAAACCAUUGCAUCCAAAAUCGGGGAUAUUGAGCAAGAAUCCGAAGAGCACAAACUCGUACUCGAGACGCUGCAGCCGCUUUCGGGAGACCGGAAAUGCUUCCGCAUGAUCAACGGCGUCUUGACUGAGCGGACGGUCAAGGAGGUGGUGCCUAUUCUGCAGACUAACUCGGAGGGGCUGAAGAAGGCGCUAGACGAGCUAGUCAAGCAGUACAAGUCGAAGCAGGAUGAGAUGGAAAAGUGGAAGAAGAAGAACAACAUUCAGGUUGUUCAGCAGCCUGGGCAGUAGAAUGGUGUCCGGAUCAUGCGGCACCCCUUUGACAGGGAGGGUACACGACGUAUGCUUGGUUCCACAUGGAAUACUACCAGCAUUAAGGCGGCAGAAUCUCGGCCACCAGAGUCAGAACAGACGCAGUCAGGCCAUGACGGAAGAAUGAAAAGUGUUCCGGUUCUGGGAGCAAGGCCACAGUGUGUAGAGAGUGACUCGAUGAUGAGAUGUUAGUACAGCAUGUCACGAUGUGACAGCAUAGCUUUCCCCACAGCAAUUCAAGAAGUACCCAUAAGGGUAUAUGUAUAUAACCCCCGUACUAUAGCUUCGGCAAUGAUGUGUGUGUGU